GCCAUCCAGUGCACGGACCAACAGCGCAUUUGGAACAGAACGCUCGCUCCGCACAGAGUCUUGGGCAGUUCGCGACAGCUGGCCUUUGAACUGACAUCAGAUAGUCCACCAAUCAAAGUUGCAAAUGGUGAAUUCACCAUUGAAUUGGAACCAGUAGUCCGAUACGAUUGUACAGGUAGCCUACUUGAAAAUUGCACAGUGUUCUUCAAGAUCUACAAAGUUGCAGCUACAUCAGUGGUCCUCAGCUCCAGACAUGGGUGUGAAGGUGCUCCAGUGCUUCCCCUGGUACAGACGCUGUAAAGAGCGAUGCAAGGCUAAACAGUGCCCCCCACCUGCAGUCCCCAGUGAGGAGAUGAAGCCCCGCCUGUCAUCCACAGUGUCGUGUGGUAGCGAGGGCGAGAGCAGCAGCAGUCUGAGUGGCUCUCAGAUCUACUUCUCCACCAAGGCUCGCCUCUCCUUCAGACACCAGAUGGACAGCAACUUCAACGCAGUGGACGCCACCUGCUGAAUAGAUCAGCCCCGACGUGCCAAGUAGUGUUCAUUAGGCAUCAAACGGAAGAAAAAGGACUGAAAUAGGGAGGGAAUACCUGGGCUUGUCUGAUAAGAAACGCUCAUUUUUGGUUUCCGUUGUGAAACAUUUUUGCUACGGUGUACCCCAAUGAAUACGACCCUGGCUUACAGUGCUGGGAAUGACACUUUAGUAUCUACUGAGGCAUCCCUCCUGUCAUCAUCACCAUCGCCCAAAAAUGAACUCUCGCCCCUCCACUAUGACAUCCAUUAUUAUAGAUCAACAGAACAUAGAAUGUAAAGGACUGAGACUUGAUCUACUCAGUGGUACCUAUAUACUCGACGUUCGUUCUCAACUCCCCCUUCAGAAGUGACUGUGAAAGGAUGAAUAUAUCACAGUAGAUUAAGUUCUUCACUAGAGAAAUGCUGAAUGCACUGCUGGUGUGGCUAGUAGAGAUGGAAAAAUGUUUACUCCAUUACCAACCAAGUGCAUCAUUUUCCUUUUCUUUUUUGGGGGUGGGGGGGGGCAGGUAAAAGACAACUGCAAAUUCAAGUCUUUAAAAUACUAGCUGUUGAAUACAACAAGUAAAUGAUGCACUCCCAACUUUAAAUACAGGCUUUUUUGUUUUUAUCCUAACACUAUCCUAACUUGCUGAGAAAAACAUGGUAACUCGAUUUUGAUUGGUUUGGCUGAUGAAGAUACUAAUGAGUUUGUGCCUUUUUACCUUUUUUGAACAUUUCCUCAAUUAAAUUCAGUUUGGUGCUGGCUGUC